GCAAAUGGAGAACCAGGAACUGGAGGCACAGACUCUAAGCAUGAAGGACAAAAUUGAUUAUUUUAAAAGAGAAACAGAGAACAUGAAGAAGAUUUGCUCAUCUGGAAUGGUAAAAAAAAUGGUCUUCAUGGGCAAUGCAAGCAAUACCUUGUGCGGUUUGAGUGUCAAGCAUCAAAUUAAAUAUCCUGUUAAUGGAGGAUCAGCACUGAUCACCUUUCAAAAACCAUCUGUUGCUAAACAAAUUAUCGCAGCCAAAGAUCACACAGUAACUGUUGAGGAUUGUUGGAUACAUGUGAAGGCUGCAGCUGUAGAACUUUCUAUACUGGAUGCUCUUAAUAUGGAGAUGAGUCUGAGUCCAACAAAGAUCCUGGUAUAUAAACUUCCUCCUGGCCUGACAAAUGAAGUCAUCCUGGAUAAACUAGAGUUGUUUUUUGGGAAAACGAAGAAUGGAGGUGGUGAGGUGGAAAAAAGAGAGUUCUUAGAUGACUGCAGGUGUGCCAUCCUCACUUUCCUGGAUACAGAAGUUGCUUCACGACUGGUAGCAAAAAAAUCCUUUCAUGUGCCCUUUGGAGAGUCUUUUCACCAAGUGGUGGUAUCACCUUCAUUAGAAGGCCACCUGAAGGACUACACGAUGAGGAAGUUGGAAUGUAACCGUACAGUCCUCAUCACAGGAAUCCCAGAUAUUAUAGACAAAGAUGCUCUGCGAGACCUUCUUGAGAUACACUUUCAGAAACAAAGCAAUGGUGGCGGAGAGGUAGAAGAGCUGAUGUACUGUCCAGAAGGACAACACUCUGUAGCUCUUUUUGAAGAUGAUGAGGAUGAUAUGCAACUCUCAGAAUGAUUCUU